UUAAAGUUCAUUUUUUUUUUGUAAAUAAUGACAAGCGAAAAAGAUUUACUCCUCCGCGAUUGGGAACUCUUGAAAGAUGACGAACAAAUUGUGCGACAAGCAGCUACGAAAGGAAAAUACCUUAAUGCCUGCUUUAAACUCCUCGCAGAACGUCAAGAAGUCAGUUUGCCCGAAGCUCGGAAGUUUUUCUACAUUCACGUCUUGUUGUAUGUGCAUCAACUACUGAAUAAUCGCCAAGUGCAUCGAGCGGACCAUGUUUUGAAAAAUAUCGGAUUCGAAGCGAAAAAUGUAUUUUUUGAAAUUUCCAAAGAAUCGACGGAUUCAGCUCUGAGAGAUUACUUGAUAGAACAUUGCAAAGCGGCAUAUGAGGAAUAUGAGUCGCAUUUGUUAUUUCUCGAGGAAGAAUGGAUGGUUUUCAACCGCCUGAAGCAUAAAAAGGAAAUGUUGAUCGAAGAAUUUCAGGAACAGAAAUUAACUGAAUUUGAUUUGACAUUUUUCGAUGCUUUUUGCAAGUUGGACUUGGGAUUGAAGAACAAAAUGGUAGUUUUUCUAUUUUUUGCUGAGGAAGAUAUCACAAUGGUACCGCAUUUGGACAAAUAUAAGGUUUGGGAGUACUUUGUUGCCAAAGAGAAGCUUCAUGACAUCAAAUUAUGGACAAAUAACGUGAUGAAACCCAAUCCGACAGCUUUUGAGGAAACACUUUCGUUGUUGUAUCAGCAAUGGAAUGUCGAUCAAACGAUGUUCGAUAUGGGGGAGCAACGUUUGACAUAUACGGAGACAAUUUUGUAUGGAGCAGCACGUUCGGGAGUCUUUUCCAAGAACGAACGACAUGACAUUCAGAAGAUUUUACAUCGAAUUAUGACAACUGGUAGCUAUAAAGCGAACGAAAAAUUCUUAAAAUCCGACGAAACGCAAGAUAUGAUCCUGAAAUUGCUUGAAAAACGAGAAAAUGUUCAAGCUUUACAUGUUUUGGAACCAAGUUUCUUGCAAAAAGUCGUCGAUUCGGGACAAGAAACUCCUUUUAGGGCAGAAAUUAUUGGUUUGUUGGCGAUUCACAAGUUACUUAACGAUCCAAUGACGAAAAAAAGUGUUUAUGAUGUCAGUAAAACCCUUUCUUCGUACGUCGCAGAGAAGACCAAAUCCAAAGAAAUGACUGAUGAUCAAAAAGUUGGCUUCUUUUUGGAACAUUUGCUUGAUGAUACCCCCUUGGAGACACUUAUCAAAGAAAAUAUCAUUCCAAAAAAGUUCAAACAUCUCCAUUCCUUUCUCGAAAACGCAUUUUUACCUGAAGAACCUGUCGAGAUCGAAUAUCUGCUAAAACGCUUCUUACAUUACGACGUCAUGGAGAUUCAAAGAAAAAAUUUCGAUCGCGAAAAUAACUAUAUGCCAACUUUCAACCUCUUAAAUCCCGUGGAUCAAGAUAUUUAUCCGACGAAGCUCAGCUAUUUGCAUUACGUGAAGCAAGGAAGAGGAAUUUACGCCGCUUACUACUUUUUCUUCGAACAUUUGAUGCAAUAUUCGAAACUCACGACGACUCAUUCGAUGUUGGCGGCGGAACAUGUCACGGAAGUUGCUUUGCAAAACUUGGGAGAUCCGAAUUUACUUACGCAUUGCAUCAGUUUCAUGGAAAAUAUCGGUAUUGAUACGCAAAAAGUUCGUGCCUUGCUGCGAUGUCUCAAGCGGAUUGACUAUGAGAAGCCCAUUGCGUUGCCCAUAAGUGAAGUUUUGCAAGCAAUGUUUGAAAAAUUAUCGCAAGAAGAGGAUAUUUGUGAUCAUGUCGUCGAUUUGGAGGCAAUGAAACUCAUUAGUGAUGGAAAAGGACAAGAAUUCAGGAAAGGAAUUUGUGAUUUGUUGAGCAAAGAAAGGUCGUGGUAUAAGCUUUUGCUUGUCGCGCAAUACAUGAAUCUCACUGUUGAGGAAUUAUUUCAAAUUGUAUCGCGAUUUCCGAUUGAUAAUGUGAGACAGAAUUUGAUGUUGGCAAUUCAGUAUGACAAAGUUGAUGAAUUUCAACCUCGAAAUAGGAGUCUAAGUAGGAAAAGGAAAAACACGUACGGAAAACAGAAAUCCGAUUCGGGCAAUAUCGACAAGCAAUCCAUUUCAAUCUUCCAUAUGAUGCAUUCCAAUCAACCAAAUUCCAUGGAUUUGAUGGGCGCCAUAUUACAACUCACCAAAACGUAUACUCCUGAUCCGACAGAAGACCCUUUCAAGGGAUUUUUGAAGCACAUAACCGCUGAUCCCGUAACUACGCUCUCUCUCAUCAACUAUGCUUGGUAUCGUCGAUGGCCAAUUUUUGUCGUACUCGCUGCUGUUCAAGGCAUCGACGUUUCUUCGCAAUAUUUGGGCAUCGUGUGGCUCGCAACGUCAAUCGGAUUCGAAAUCGCUGGCGUUGAUUACCAAACUUUCGAUCAUUUUUCCGAAGAUGUUGUCAAUUUUGCAGUAAAAAACGGAUUUACGGAAACUUUGGCAAUUACAACGAAAAUUUUUUAUCAGAAAUCAGCAUUUGCAUUACUUGCAGAGUUUCUUGAGGCAUCAAAGAAGAACUUUCGGAAGACUGAAACGAUAGAUUUGCUCAAAAAAUACCUUAUCCUGUUGAAUUCGGAGGAAUUGUGUCCCGUUCUCUUCCAAAAACGAAAUGAUGGGUUAAUAUUUUCGGCAAAACUGCUCUUGUUACAUAUCGAAAAUAAUUUUCCCGUGCCAUGCGAUCAACUUUGGAUUCUCAACCAGAUUUGUCAGAUCGGGCAUUUUGAUGAUUAUGUGAAUUUUACACUCAUGCGCGACGUUUUACGGAUUUUAGAUGGCACAGAACUCAAAGUUUCCUUGAGAAUUUUCGAUCGCAACUCAGAUAACGACGAAAAUCGACUCGAAAUCUUCUCUGAACUUUGUUCCGAGCUGCGACAACUGAAAUUAUAUGAAAAAGCAAUUAAGAUGGCGAAACUUUUCAAUCUCGAAAUCGAUGAAAUUAUCUUGGAAUAUUGGCAAGUAACGUACGAAGAGAAAGAUUCCAUCUUCAGUGUCGAAAUGUGUGAGAAAAAUCUCGAAGAAUUCGGUUUGGAAAAGGAACUUUUGAUAAAAUUCUGUCUUUCGAUUGCUCAAAAUUUGCCUCUUGGAGAUCCCGCCAAAUAUAUUUGGUACAAAAACGUGCUCGACUUCAUUCAAAAGUAUUCUUUGCAACAUGCAGACUAUGUCGAUCUACAAGAACUCGAAUCUCAAUUAGUUAUCUCUUAUAUAAACACUCAAACAUAUCGUGACUUACCUUUGUAUCAUUCGCCGCAUUUUCGAAAUUAUGUCAGUAAUGAGAAUUUUAUCCUUUAUAACACGUUGGAAGAAUGCAAAAUCCUUGCUGGCUUGGAUGAAAUCGAUCAAUUGGACCCAAUUACAGCUCCUGAGGAGAUAAAUCGUUUGAAUUACUUGAUAAAUGUGUUGCUGGACCAAGGAGAUAUUUGUCAAACGCUUCGUUAUCAGAAAAUGUUCAAUUAUAAGUCGACGGAUUUGCAUUAUACGAUGCUCUGUAUGAGUUUGGCGGAGAAUAAAAUGGCUCCGCAUGAAUUAGCAGUCGAAGAGAGAAAAGCUAUGGCGAUUGAUGAUAAAAUUGCAGCUAACAAGUUUAAUCGAAGGACAUUAUUGACAGCUAGAUUGAGUCAAUCUUCUGGUUCAUCAUCUCCCAACAAAGCAGCAUAUCUCGACAGCACUUCCGACACUUCUGGAUACGAAUUCGAAGAAAUUCCUUCACGCGAAAAGCAAGCUGUGAAGGAAGCAAUUCAAAAUCUCGCCGGAAAAGUCAAACACGGAGCAAAUAUUUGUCGUCGUGUCGUUCAAAUCUAUCAAGCUUCGAUGUACAUGGACUUACCUUACGAAGCGGUUUACAAAAGAAAAGAUCCUUUCAGCAUUCUAAAAGAUGCCGUCGAGCAAGAUACUUUGAACAAACUGCUCGUCGUAAGUGAUAUAAUCUCCGCUUCGAAGCUCAGUGCGGAAGAAGUCGCUUCUUUCAUUUCGCAACAACUCGCGGAAAGUAUCAUCAAAUCCCGAUUUUAUCUCCUGAACAACAAUGGACCUCCAUUAACAGUCAAGAACAUGCUUUGGGGCUUCAAUUUAGACACGCAAUUUCAUUUAUUUUUGGAAUUGUGCCCAAAUACGACACUUUUCGGGAAUUAUCUGUUGUUGUAUUGUGAAGCUUUGAAUAUUUAUCGACAACCUUCGAUUUAUACAGAACGAAAGAAUCCACGCUUGAAUUUAGUGAUAACAAGCAUUCAAUGUAUCUUGGAAGGACAGAUUUUGUCGCAGAAGAAACAAAAUACGAUUCAAAUUGAAUUAUUGAUCAAGGCGCAUUUGUGUUUUUUGUACGAAUGUUCCAUGGAGGGAAUUGCUGAAGUUUUGCAGAAGAGUAAAGCAUUGGUAAAUGUGUUAACGAACUCAAAAUCUUGGAGUUUGAUAAUAAAGUUGCUCACAGGAAUCGGAAAGUACAAGGAAAUGUUCUAUUGCUUUGAAAUUUUGAUCGAAAAUAAGCAAUUCGAAGCACUUUUGAAACAAUGCGAAGAAAACGAAAAAGGCGGCUUAAAGAACGCCAUAAUGCUCUAUCUCCGUGAAUAUUGUCCCAACGAGAAGCGUUUUUACGAACUUGCUGCUAUUCACUUCGGCAUGAACAAAGAACUUGGCGAUUUGAUGUUCAAAGAUGCUGAAAAUAUGGUAAAUGCCAUCAACCAAACAUGCGUAAAAUGUGUCGCAUGUCAUCCCAAAUCCGAUCGCGAACCAAAUCAACUUCCGUACAUCAAGGGAACAAAAGAGACAAAUACAACGCUCAAUUCUGCCAUGGAAAAUUACGCAAGUGCAGCGGAGUUUUAUAUUGCAGCACAGAAAUUAUCGCUUGCUCAAGCGGCAACAGGAUGCGCGGAAUUAGUUGCUUUGCAAAUUUGUUUGAUUAAUCAAGGUUACAGUCGAUAUGGAUCGAUUUGCGUGUUGAGAGCGAAUGGAGAUGAAAAACUCGCGAGUUAUUUGGUGAAUAAUUAUCUGAGUGUUCCGCAAAGUUUGGUUCUGAGUCGUGCAAUUAAUUUUAAUAUCGAUUGGCCAAGAGCAAUUUUCGAGCAAUAUGUGAUGAGAAAAGAUGAAAAAUAUUUGAUUGAUUUUUUGGAUCGAAUUACGUUCACGGAAGCGAUGUUGGAUGAUAUUUUUAAAAUAUUUUCUCAAGAUCCAAACCCAACAAACGAAAUGAAAAGUGCAAUGAACCGCUUAUUAAAUUAUCAUCCUUAUUCUGCUGAUAAAUAUCGACCUUCAUUAAGUAUCAAGUAAAGUGCCUUACAUACUCGAGGAAACAAAAAAAUAUCAAAAAAUUAAAAAAAAAAAAUCAAAUUUAUAUCUCUAAAAAUUUUUUUUUAUUUUUUAAUGAAAUUGCACUAUCCUUAAUUUUAA